UUGGUUGGGGUUAUAUCGAAAUCGGUGGUAUCGAUACUUCAUUGUAUGACAUGUUUUUGUGUUUUUUUUUGUGUGACUGAGGACUGAAUAUAAUUAAUAGACGAUUGUUUUCAUUAUUAAUGAACUGUUUUACUUUUGUUUAGCUGUACAUUUUACCUUACAAAUUGAAUUCCGCAUUUUGCGUGGUUGUGUAUGUUUGCGUCAUAAUACUCCAAAACGAUUUUAAUGAGCCUGUUUCGCUUAUCGGUUAGGAAUUCAAGAAAUUAAAACAUUUAUUUAUUAUUUCUUAAGUUUUCUGCAUUUUUAAUUAAAAUAUUUCUGCAAAGUUCUUGUUCUCGAAUUCGAUAAGUGCGUGAUCGAUUAUAUCGAUUUUAUUCUAAACAUCGAAAGUAUUGAUCGUGUGGGAACCAGCGUUAGCCGUCAUUUGGGUAACAUUUUAUGUUUAUCACCAAUAUUUUGUAAGUGUAUUUAAAGAUUGUGAGUGAAUGUUUCUUAAACAGGACGUGGUGAAGAUGGAGAAGAUGAGUGAGGCGCAGAAGGGGGCGUACGCCGAGGCGAUGCAGCAGCACAUGGCGGGGGCGGCGGCCGUGGAGCGGGGGCUUGUCAAGGAAGCGGAGUGCCAGCGCUUGGGGCCGGGCGAGUACCCCACCACGCUGAAAGUGCCGCAGAUCGGCCAGCCGGCCGCCGACCACUACCUCAAGUCCGGCCCCGAGUCCACAUUCGUGAUCCCUGACGACGGCAUGGGGUUCGACGACGGGGUCAGGGUGUUGCGUGCGCUCGGCACGUGUAAACAUGGAGUGAUCAAUGGUGAUAAUUUUGGUGGAAAUUUGUCACAGCAAUACUUAUGGUCGCCCGACUACGCGGGGAGCGCGGCGCGGCCCAGCACGGUGCCCAUCCCCGAGCACCUGUACUCUGACGGCCUGCAGAACGGCGCGCCGGCCGUGCAGAGGAAGCCCGCGCCGCAGCACGGCCCGGCGGCCAGGGGCAAGAGCAACAAGAGCACGUCGCCGAUGGAGAACGGCAACCCCGCCAACAAGAGCUUCGCCUGCACCGUGUGCGGGAAGGGACUGGCGCGCAAGGACAAGCUGGUGAUCCACAUGCGCAUCCACACGGGGGAGAAGCCGUACGUCUGCGAGGUGUGCAGCAAGGCGUUCGCGCGGCGCGACAAGCUGGUGAUACACAUGAACAAGAUGAAGCACCGCACGCCCACCAACAUCGCGCCGCUGGGGAAGCGCGGCAGCAACGCGGAGAAGGCGGCGGCCGGCAAGCGGGCGGAGGGGGAGGAGGAGAAGGAGGGCCCCUCUCGGCCGGUGCCGCAGCCCGUCACGUGGAACUGCGAGCUGUGCGGGAAGAUGUUCCACAGCCGGGAGGACUGGACGGCGCACGCCAAGGGCCACCUGGAGGACAAGAUGAUGGGCAUGGCGGGCGUGCAUCACCAGCACCAGCACCAGGCGGCGGUGUGCGCGCCGCCCGCGCCGGCCUACUUCCACCAGCACGCUCAGCCCUACGCCGCGGAGCGCCACCUCUGCCUGGUGUGUCGCCAGCACUUCUCCAACAAGACUGACUUCAUGUUCCACGUGCGCAGCCACUUCGAGGGCAAGGCGGCCGACCUGGACGUGCUGGCCCGGGGCUGCGUCGACGCCUCGGGCCUCUGCACGUAGGCCCCUGCCCCUGCCCCCUCCUUCGACACAGUUCCUACGCCUUACCUCCGUGCUAGUCACUCGUCUGCUCUGUGACAGAUCUGAUACUGAUUUCUCAAGUCUUCAGUGGCGGCAGAAGCAUGCACAUCCACUGCAGCGUCUUUGCCGGACUCCUAGUGCUUUCCUUUUUUUAUUUUAUAUAUAUAUUUUUUACAGUUUAAUUUUUUUCCUUGCUGCACCAAUUGUCAAGUUUAAAAAUAAUGACAUAGUGUUGUUGCUGUAAUGAGUCUUAUAUUUUACAUACUUAUGAAUUACAUAUAUAAGUUAAAUCUAGUGCAUUAACUUACUGAUUUAUAUGCAUAUUUGAUGCUAACUUACAUGUGUGACCAUCUCAGAUCAUGAAUUAAGAGCAUUUAAUAUUUUCCUAAAUUGAUGCACAUGUUGGAACAGGGUUGCUACAAGUAAAAAUAAUCGUGAAAACCAGGAAAAGUCCAGCAAUACCAGGAAAAUUCUCAGAAAUUACAAUUCAUUAGGGAUGGGAAAACCGAUUCCCAAUUUCAUCGAUACCUACCGAUUCUACUUAAAUAAUCGAGAAUCGGUGAUAAAAGUUGAUCCCGGCAUGUAGCAAAAAAAAAUCAUUUCACAACAUUGCAAAUCUGUCAGAUACAAUUAUUUAACGACUCUUUGAGUGGGGUUAUGACUGACUAGACGCAUAUAUAACAGUCAUAUUUCCCCAAAUAAACAAUAUCUAAAACUUGGGUCGAUGUUAUACACAAGUCAAAGUACAAAAAUUAUCACUGCGUAUUAGUAGGGGCCUGUUCUUUUCGCGAUCGCGAUUAAACGACGAUAAACACGAAAUCACAGUAAAAUACAGUUUUUACGUGAAAUCGCCACAACACGGCGUUUUUCCACAUAAUUUAGUAUUAAAACGCGAAAUCGCAAUGUUAUCACGGGAAAUUUAAAUACUGGGUAAAAGACUUGUCUCGUCACUGGUAAACAACCACCGCAACAUGGCCACCACUGAAAAUUAAUCAUAAAUGCACUAAAGCAAACAAAAGCUUACACACGUUCACGUUAUAAUGUUAAACCCAAAAAUAUACUGUAAAAAUACGCAAAACUACGGCGUUUAUUUUCCUUUCUGGCAUAAUGUUUGGAUAGAUAAGACAAACAGGCGAAGUUUUAAAGUCUACGCACACCGCUCGGGGCACUGACGUCAGCUUGGAACAGCGACACCAAAUACUAAAUACAAAAGCAAGCAGAUGAUUGGGCGAACGGUGUUUGGAACAGCCUUACGUGAGUGGCCAUACCACGUCAGCCGGGGGCGCUGGCAUAUAGUUGGAACAGCGUCGUAGUAUCAAGCAGAUUAUCGGGCGAACCAUGCUACUUCAUCACCCAGCCGUACGGGGCAGCACAAGCAUUUUAAAUCGCGCCAAAAAGCGGAAAAAUGUAAACAAACAUUCAUUUUCGAAUGGUGUGACGAUGAUGAUUAGUUGGUCAGUGUUUUAUAGAUUUUCUUGGGUCGUUACCACAACGCCGAAAUAACAACGAAUGCAUUUGUAUUUCUUAAAUGUAACUUAACGCCGAAAUACCACAAUCAAGUACAACACUUUCAUUUGCAAGUUCUCUAGUUGCUUAAUUUUGUUACUGUUUCAUUUCACAAAUUUUUUUAGUUAAUUUGUACCCUUCUCUGAGUUAGGCAAGUUGUAUGAACGAAAAUAAUUUAUACUGCUCAAGGAAAGCUUAAAUUUUUUUUUAUAGUUUAUUCCGUAUUACAAAACAAAUUUUAGAUUAGUUUGACCCCUUUGACAUAUGAGCCAUUAACUUCUAAUGAUGUAAACAUUUAGUUUGAUAAAUAUGAAUUUAUGAUGUAUGCUACAUCAUAUAUGUAUUGAAAGCUGAAAAAAAAUGUUGCAAAUAGAAUUUGAAUUAUUUAAUAUUAAGUUAACUAGGUGAGUAUCGAGAAUCGAAGGAUUUUUUAAGGAAUCGAUAAUCGGGUAUCGGAAUCGAAAAUUUUGGAAUUGUCCCAUCCCUACAAUUCAUUCAAAAAAAAUUUCUUGGAAUAUUAAAAGGGAAAUGGGAAAUGUCACUCUCACUGAUUAAUAGCUACAGAAAAAAAAGGGGGGAAUAAAAUGUCACGAGUUUUAUAUGGAUUAUUCUUCUUUUAAUGAAAUUGCUGCCUUUUUACUCUAAGACCUUUUCUACAAGCAAAUAUAUUUUCGCAUGUACGUACAGAUUCAGAUGUCUACACUGGAUAGGCUUGGUAAAAUCAGUACCUACCUUUUUUAUUUUUACAAACGCAUGUAUCAUUGUACAGUGGUUUUGAAUUUGCUCUCCAGCCAUUUAUUUUAUGCAUUUAAUGCAUGUAUUGCAUUCAAACACAAACAAGUGCCAAUUGACUAUGGUGUUUUUUGUGUUUGAUUUUAUUGAAGAUAUAAUUUGUACAGAGAAGAAAAUCCACUUGUGUGUUACAAAAUUUUAACUUAUUACAAUGGGAGGAGAUUAAGACUGAUUUAUUUUCAAUCAGAAAAUAUUUAUUUACAAUAUGUGAAGUGUUAGGGUUGACUGUAUGCGUAAACUUAGUGUAUUAAACAAAUUUGUGGAAUGGAAACAAAAAAGUACUCUUGUUUAUAUGCCUUAUAAUAUAAUGGCAUAGGGGAUUAUGACAAAAAUCAAAACAAAAACAAA